GGUUUUUUCUUUAAUUCUAAGCAACUUUAUACUUUAGAUGUAUUGGAAAAUGCUGCAUGUCAUGUUUGUAACUUAUCUCAUAUGACAUGUCAAGACAAAAUAAAUUUAUACAUAAUUUAAUCAAUGAGUUGAUUAUUAAUAAAUUUUGUUUAAAUUUGUUGAUUAAAUGGAAAUGUAUAAAGUUUGCUUCUUUGUCAAUUUGGUUAAGUAGAAAUUGAACCGAUUGAUAAUUACUCUGUCUCUGUCAAAAAACUGUAAGAGAAGGAAGAAGAGAAGACACAACACCGUUCGUUGAUUCUAGUCGUCGUCUUCGCACAACUAAACAAAAGGGUUUGUGUUGUUUCUGCUUCUCCCUUUUCUCAAGUUUGGAGCUUUGGCUUGUAGGGUUUGUUCGGUUCUCGUCCGAUUUUUUUUGCUAUUUUUGGAAACUCUUCCGUGGGUUUGAAGAAAGUGUAAAACGAUGGAGGAGAUCAAGGAGGAGAACGUGGUGAACGAGUUUAGGGUGAGGGGUGAGGGUCUUCGUAAGGCGUUGGACAAGGUUAACGCUCAUGUUUCCGACGUACUUGUCUUUAAUGUUCAGUGGAAAGACUUGAAUGAGUAUCUUGAAUCAGUCCAAGGGAAAGUAAAGGAGAGGUUUAGGGAGUUAGAGUCCAAGGAGGUUGAGUUGAAAGGUCAAAGCUUUGCACUUGAAGAGAGGGCUAAAGUGGUUGAGGAAGCUGAAGCUAAGGUUGCUGAUUUGGAGAUGAAAUCUGAUGGGUUUCGGAUGGAUGUUGAAGCAAUGAAGAAAGAGCUUAGCUUUCUUAAGGAACAGGUGGAGAUUUCUCUAGGCAAGUCUAAUGCGGAGGAAGCGAGACUGUUUCGGCUUAGGACAUUGGUGGAAGAGUGUGAGGCAGAGAAGAUGGUAAAGGAAAGUCAGCUUAAUGAGAUGGUGGAAUCUUGGAGAAAGACUCAUGUUGAGCUUGGUUUGAAAGGUGAAGAGCUAGCAAAGAUGGAGACUGGUCUUGAGAAAUGCCAUGUUGAUGUCAGCGCAGAGAUGGAGGUUUUGAGUAGAACUCAAACUCACAGGAGACAGUUGGAUGAGGAAGUUGAGAGGAAGACAAAAGAUCUCACGUUGGUUCAGACGAAGCUUGUGGAAUGUGAGAAGCUGUUUGAAACAAGCACCUCAGAGCUGGUUAAGACUCAGGAUGAGCUUGAAUGUAAACGAGAAGAUUUAGGAGAGAUGGAAGCUGAUUUUCAGAGGCAUCAUGUUAAGGUCAGCGCAGAAAAGGAGCUUUGGGAAAGGACUCAAACUCACAGUAGAGAAUUGGAAGAGGAGAUAGAGAGAAAGAGGAAGGAUCUUACAAUGGUUCUUGAUAAAAUUGAGGAAUGUGGGAGGCAGCUAGAAUCAGUGGAAGAGCAAUUAGAUUCCCAGCGGAAGCUGCUUGAGACACAGUCAUCUGAGCUUGUCUCUAAAGAGAAGGAGUUGCAAGCACUUAGUCUGGACAUUGACUUGAGGGAACAGACGGUCAUAUCCCUAAAUAAUGACAUGGAAUCAAAAGCCAAGGAGUUGGAGAACGUUCAAAAGCUAAUUGAGGAAAGGAGUGCACAUUGUGAGUCAUUCAAGUUGUUGAUUGAGGAGCAUAGUGAAGAACUUGUUUCUAAGGAGAAGCGACAUGAUGAGAUAACGGAUGCUAUCCGUAAGCUAUCCUUGGAGAUUGUCUUUCAAGAGAAGACAUUGGGAAGAGCUCAAGCUUUUAUUAAAAAGCUCUCUGAGAAACAAGAUUCAGCAGAGAGCAAAGUGGAUUGGACAGAGAAAAACCUGAAUUCGACUAGAAGACAUCUAGAAAGAUGCAUUGCUAAGCAUAAGUCAAAGAAGAAAGAGCUUCGCUCUGUGAAGGAUAGAUACAGAGAUUGCCUCGAAGAUCUGGAUAUCAAAGAGAAGGAGUUGAAGUCUGUAGAAUCAAUACUCACUGAGAGAGAUAAACAAGUUGAGGAAGGAGAGAAGAUGAUGCAACAUUUGAGUAGCUCCAUUGAGGAACUUAUGGGACAACUCAAGUUGAAACAAGAAGAGGUUUGUUCAAUCAACCAGACGAUCACGGAAUGCUCAGGUGAGUUGAAGGCUAAGAUGAAACAACGUGAUCAGGUUCAGAGCUCACUUACUGAUCUUAUUGCUGAGCUCAGUUCUGUCAAGAAAAAGAUUCAAGACAGCUUGAAAGACUUGCAAUCUAAAGAGGUUGAGUUGAAAGAUAAAAGCUUUGCAUUUGAGGAAAGAGCUAAAAAGGUUGAAGAAGCUGAAGCUCGGCUUGUUGAUUUAGAGAGGAAGUCUUAUGGGCUUCAGAUGAAAGUUGAAGCAAAGAGGAAAGAACUAAACUUUAUCAAGAACCAGGUUGAGGUUUCUCUAGCCGAGUCCAAUGCAGAGGAAGUGAGUCUAUCUGAGCUUAGGAGAUUGGUGGAAGAGUGUGAGGCUGAGAAAAUAUUAAAGGAAAAUGAGCUUAGUGUGAUAAUGGAAACGUGGAGACAGACUCUUGUUGAGCUUGAGAGAUAUCAUGCUCAGGUCAGCGCAGAGAUGGAGACUCUGAGGAAGUUGGAUGAGGAAGCUGAGAGGAAGUUGAAAGAUCUCACGCUGGUUCAAGACAAGAUUGCGGAAUGUGAGAAGAUGUUUGAGACACGGUCAUCUGAGCUUGUGUCCAAAGAGAAAGAGUUGGAAGUGCUUAGUCAGAAAAUUGACUUGAGGGAACAGGCGGUCAUGUCCGUGAAUAACGACAUGAUGGAGGCUUGCCAACGGAUGGAAACAAAACACAAGGAGUUGGAGAACAUUCAAAGGCAAAUUAAGGAAAGGAGUGUGCAUUGUGAGUCACUCAUGAUGUUGAUUGAGAAACACAAUGAAAAACUUGCUUCAGCUGAGAUUGCGUCUGCUCUAACACCUGUCAACAAUGUGCUAUCGUUGGAUGUGAAGCCUGAAGAACCAAUCAACAAUAGUGUGGCUUCUCAUUUACCUAAUGAAGAUGCUCUUCUUAGGGACAUUGAGGACUCAACAUCUCUAUCGCUGAACGAAGUCUCUACUGAACUUCCAAUGUUUAAAGAUCCAGGCAGGUUUAUUCUAACUUCUGUCGAGAAAGCACUCACGGAUGCUAGCGAGAGACGGGAGUUGAGUUUAAAAGAGCCUAUACUAAUGGCUUUGGUUCCCCUUCUGGAGGAGCUGACACGUGUUGGUAUCUCUACUGAUCCUGGUCUACAGUCUGAUGCAACCAAAGUGGCACGUGAAUGGGUUAGGAUGAUGGAAGCUAGUGUUGAAAAGUCGCAGCUUGAGGCUUGGGGUUUUCUGCAGUUCAUCCUGGCGUUUGGAUUGGUGAAAGGGAUUAAACAAGAUGAGACUUUACAACUUGCCUCGCAUGUUGCUCAUUUCAGACAGGCUCCAAAGCUCUUCGAGUCCCUUGGUCUCACUCAUGCCAUCCCAAGCUUUGUCACAGAGCUCCUAAACAAAGCCAUGUGUAUUCCUGCAGCCCGGUUUAUGUUUUACUUCAAGGUGGAGAACAACUUUUCUCCCCUGGAGUUGUUGAAGGAACAGAUCAACAAUCUCAGACUCUCACAGGCUGAAGCUAACAGAGAUGCUGCUACACUGAGGGAUAUAAUGGAACUCAUUGAAGACUUCAAAUUUGAAAUUGACAUACCUGUGGAUCUUAUCUUCAAAUUCAUGGUACCUCGGGAUUUUCAAAUUCUGAACCAACGUGUUCAAUCAGCGCAUAUGCAGGCUUCAAACACAGUUUUUCAAAACUCAUGCAUUGCCACUGAUGUCUCAAACCCAAGCCUACCAACAAGCUUUAGUUCUGCGCCAAAUCAACCGGUAGAAACGUAUCAAGCUGGUGGUUCAACUGAGUUCCAAGGUCAAUCUUCACAUCAAGCUGGUUUUAAACGUCCAAGGGGGGUGGAGGAUCCUGAGGGUUCUAGCCCGGUGAUUAGACCCUGCAUCAAUCGACCACCAGGUUUUGGCAGAUUCUAGUGUUCUCUGUCCCAAGUUUAUGGCUAUAACUAGCUAAGUAGUAGGAAGUAACUAACUAGAAAGAUCUUUUGUUUCUUUGGGCUUGAUAACUCUCAGCUAUUGUGGUUUAGUAAGCUCCAUGGUUUCUCACUUAAUGGAUUUUGUUAUGGAAUUUUGGAGGCUGUUAUGAUCUUGAAUUUUAAUUAUUAACUAGAUCUCGAUCCGUGCAACCGCACGGGUUUUUGUUUUCA